AUGUCCCUGGUGCAGCAUGUUUCUGCUCUCGAGGGCGUCGAUGCCGUGCCGGUAGAACCGCGCGACGAGGAGUCGAUCAGUGGCACCUACAACACCUACGGUUCUGUCAAGAGUAUCAGACGGAAGAUCUCCUAUGACUUUUUCCCUCAGCCUGUCGCUGCAAUUGAGGAUAUUUCGACCACCGCCCCCUACAAGGUCUCGACCGCCAAGCGACUAGCGCAGGUGCUCGCUACCGUAUUGGCCUGCUGGUUCGGCUCCGGAAUCAUCUUUGGCUAUGCUGCGCUGAAGCCAGUCCUUGUCGCGCAAGGGGUUUACCGAGAUCUGUGCACUCUAAGUGAGCUCAGCGAUGAUUUCGAUACCUGCUAUGAUCAGGAAUUGAGACUCAACCUGUUCUUCACCGUCGGCUCUAUAACUGCCAAUGUGUCGUCGCUCCCUGUCGGAUCCAUCCUCGACCGCUAUGGUUCGCGGGUUUGCGGUUACGCCGCGUGCGUGUUUCUGGCUGCCGGCAGCUUGUUGAUGUCCUAUUCCUUCUCGCAUCCGCAAUUCGAUGGAUAUAUUGCGGCGAAUUUCUUCCUCUCGCUCGGAGGCACUUUCUUGUUCGUUCCGUCUUUCCAGAUAGCGAAUGCGUUCCCCAAACAUACUGGAACUAUUGUCGCUCUUGUGACCGGCGCCUUCGACGCAUCUGCGGCAGUAUACCUGUUCUAUCGGUUGGCGUUCGAGGCCAGUAAUAGAACUUUCACUCCGGACAAGUUCUUCCUCGCUUAUACCAUAGUCCCGGCCUUGAUUCUUCUCACCUGGAUUACUCUUAUGCCAGCCCGCGACUAUCAGACCACACACCAGUUGGAGGUCCGGAUCGAGAAGGCGGAGGAUGCGACGCUGGAUGUCCACGACUCAGAUGACGAGAUUGAUAGCUUGAGCGAGCUCCGGAGAAUAAGAAGUGCGAGAGCUAAGCGUCGCCAGGAUAAGCUCGAGAGAUUAGACAAGAUUCUCGGCGAUGAGGAGGAACGAAAACGGCGCGAGCAGCUUGAAGAGGAGCGCCAACAGACUAGCGCUGUCUGGGGUGUUCUGCACGGUUUACCGGCUCACCAGCAAAUGGCGACUCCGUGGUUUAUACUCAUCACAAUGAUGACGGUAUUGCAAAUGCUCCGGAUGAACUACUUCAUUGCUACUAUUCGAAACCAGUACGAGUAUAUGCUCGACGCAGAGAAGGGCAUUGAGAUCAACAACUUUUUCGAUAUCGCUCUCCCCGUCGGUGGCGUCCUUUCCACUCCGCUCAUUGGACUGCUUCUUGACCAUCUCAGCGUCCCGUCGACAUUGGGAGUCAUAGUGUUUCUCACCACGCUUAUCGGCAUUCUUAACUCGAUUCCCGCGCUUUGGACGGGCUACCUGACUGUCAUUCUCUUCGUCCUUCUGCGCCCGCUGUAUUACUCCGCCAUGUCGGACUACGCUACCAAAGUUUUCGGUUUUGCUACAUUCGGCCGCGUCUAUGGGACGAUCGUUUGCCUGUCAGGCCUCGUCAACUUCUCCCAAACUGGUCUGGACGCACUAACCAACGGUCCUUGUGAUGGGAAUCCCAUCCCGAUCAACAUAUUCCUCGCAGGCGCGGGAUUUGUGGUUGGGUCUAUCUUGGUGGGCUUUGUGGCGACCGCAGGGCAUCGGAUCAAGAAAGAGCGGGAGGAGCUGGAGCAGGCGGAAGACGGAGAACGGCAGAGGCUGAUCCCUGUGCGGGAGGAGAGCUCACUCAGUUAUAUGUAG